AUGACGAUCUACGACAAGCUCAUCCGCUGCUACUGCUCCUCACUCUGUCCGCCCCCUGAGUACAGACGUGGCAAACCCAACUUACGGCCGGUGAUCGGAAUACUUAGCCACCCGGGAGAUGGGGCUUCCGGCCGGCUCAGCAAAUCUCCAAACGCCUCUUACAUUGCGGCCUCUUAUGUGAAAUUUGUGGAGUCCGCUGGCGGAAGGGUAAUUCCGCUCAUCUACAAUGAGCCACAAAACAUUCUUGAGCACAAGCUCUCGCUGGUUAAUGGAGUCAUCAUAACAGGAGGAGGCGAAACAACUGGUCUGUACUAUGAGGCCGUUGAUUUCAUUUUUAAGAUUGUCAUGACAAAGAAUGAUGAUGUAGAUCAUUUCCCUUUGCUUGCAAUAUGCUUAGGCUUUGAACUGUUAACAAUGAUUGUUGGUGAGGACAGAAACAUUCUGGAGCCAUUUGAUGCAGCAAAUCACACAUCGACAUUGCACUUCAUAGAUGGCAUAGAUCUUAAGAAAACUCUGUUUCAAAGGUUUCCUCGGCCUUUGCUAAACAAGCUGAGGAAAGAGUGCCUCGUGAUGCAAAGUCAUCAUUAUGGUAUUUCACCGAAUAAAUUCCAAAAGAGCGUGAAGCUUCGUAAUUUCUUUAAGAUCCUAACGACAAGCACUGAUCGACAAGGCAAGGAAUAUGUUUCGACAAUUCAAGCACGCAAAUAUCCGGUGACUGCCGUCCAGUGGCACCCAGAGAAAAAUGCUUUCGAGUGGGGUUUAUCAAUGAUCCCACACUCAGAAGAUGCAGUUGAAGUUACUCAGCUUGUUGCUAACUUUAUUAGAGGCUCGCAAGUCUACGACCAGGCCGUCUCCCCAGAGCAUUGA